AUUUCGGCAAGAGGUUUAUGAAUAUGCAUGCGGGAAGAAACUGAACAAGACAAUUCGUAUUUACUUUGUUGUUCCGGUAGGACAGACUGGUGGGAAAGUAUCUAGAUGAUGAUGAUGAUGAUGGUGAUGGUGGUGGUGGUGGUGUGCUCUAAUUAAUAGUUGACCACGGAUUUGUCAAUCUUAAACGCGCUGAAGUGGGCUCGCGAGCAUUUGUGUACCUCAACAUUGUGUUAAUUAAGGUCGGAUUUCAAAUCUAGGGCCUUUUUCAGUUACAAUUUCUUCACUUUGUGGUUUGAACUUGAUUUACAUCAGCCACGCUGUGCUAGUCCGUGCCGUAACUAUAUUUAUUAUUUAUGGAAUGUAUUGAUCCAAUAAUAUUUGUACAUUUUUGAUAACGUGGAGACCGUAAUUCGUCUCGUACAAUAAUUCUAUUGCUUAGGGAGGUUUCGCAUAUGUUGUAUCUGCUUGAAUUACAAAACGGAUUUAAAUCUAUAUAUAUAGAUUAUUUGUUGUUGUGUUCUAUAUUCACAGUAAAGAACCGUACCUUAACGUUUUAUACAACACGUGUCUUUUUUUCUCACCAUCUAAAUAUAAGUUUGGACAAAGUCCAAUUAAGUGGUCAAUCUUAAUUCAAACCGUUACAGUGUGUGCCUGUUUUUUUUACCACCAUACCGGAAUAAAACAAAUAAUUUAAAAAAAACAGUUCAAUUUUGCGGUUGAUGAUUCGCCAGGAAGUUAAUGAAAUAGCGUCUCUGCUGUCUUGUGCACAUCUUCAAGACGAGAAGCGGAACAUGAGCAGGUAUACCAUCUACAGCCUGUUGGACUGUGUCUACGGGGGCGUGGACCCCAAGUUUGAGGGAAAUGGGGGGCCCGAGUGCGCGGCGUUUCUCUCCUUCAACCAGCGGCUUGGCGAGAGCAUUGUUAUCAUCUUGGCAUCCGCCAUAGAAAUCGUAAUAGCGCUGAGGAAAAUCCAGCAGUGUAAAGAACUGAAAGAAAUGACCAAGGCGGUGUGUGAACACAAGAAAGAGGAAAGCUUCGGAAAGAACCUGCUGCUGGUAGCGCUGUGUCUCACCUUCGGCGUGGAGCUCGGGUUUAAGUUUGCCACCAAGACUUUGAUCUACCUGCUGAACCCUUGCCAUGUUGUCACAAUGGUGCAGAUUUUCCUCCUUGCUUGUCCUCCAGGCAGACUAGCAACGAUCGUCUUUAGGAUGCAGGUACACAUGCUCAAUGGAGCGCUGUUGGCCCUUCUGUUCCCUGUUGUCAACACCAGGCUGCUUCCCUUUGAGAUGGAGGUCUACUAUGUCCAGCACAUCAUGCUGUAUGUUGUGACUGUCUACCUGCUCAGGAAAGGAGGCGUGUACACGGCAGAGCCUCUAGGGGAUUUCUCGUGGGCUCUGCUUUCCUCUGGCCUCCUGUUCUUCUAUCACUUCACCUUCCUGCAGACCUUGGGACUGGUGACCGAAGUGAAUCUGAACAAUAUGCUGUGCCCGGCGGUGUCGGACCCCUUCUACGGGCCCUGGUACCGGGUGUGGGCGACGGGACACCAGACCGCCCUGACGCUGCUCCACGGGAAGAUCCUGACAGGGCUGUUCCACUGCGCCGUGCCCUCCUACCAGUACCUUCUGGACGGGGUCAGACUGAGGACUAAGAAAAUCGACUGAGCCUUGGUUGGCUUCCACACUUUCAUGUAGAAAAGAAAAAACAAACCAUUUCACUAGCCAGUAUUGCUUUACAGAUUGAGGGUGUUUUUAUUUAAACUCGUUUAUUUGAGUCAGUAAACUCGAUGCAUCACUUCCUGUGCUAGAAUACUGGCACUGGGAUUAUUUUUGGGGGGGUAUGUUCUUGGUAGCGAAAGGAGUAUUGUUUUUGAAUGUGCUUUUAAAAUGACUUGCAGCAGUUCACUUUUUUUAAUGGAAGUCAGUCUUACUGUUCAGAAUGCUCUCUGCAGUUUUUUGUUUUGUUUUUGUUGAAACGUGAACUGGGCCAACAUUCCAUGGAGGGGUGCUGUAGCCCCAGUUGUUUUUUAUAUAUAUAUAUAUAUAUAUAUAUAUAUAUAUAUAUAUAUAGUUUGCUACUUAGUUUUCGUAAAAAAAGAAAAAGGGGCAUAGUUAUUUUCGAGCUCUAUAGAGACAAUGUAUUAAACAUGACAUGGAUGACAAUCCUUUGCCAGUUUGAGAAGAUGUGCGCCAGUUUUUGAUGGGUCCUGCAUCAGGUAUUUGCAAUCUCAUCCAAAGCCAUGACUUUGAGCACCGCCCUGUAUCUACUGCAGUUAUGUUGGGAAACGGUAGAUGUCAGAUUUAAGGUACAGUACAGUAUGUAAAUACAGAAUCAACAGGCGUUACCUUUUAACUCGGUUAUUCCACAAGGCGGUUGAUAAACUGGGGUGCCUUUCUUCUAAAGAAAAAUAAAUAUAUUAAAACAAUGUGGAUUCAUCAAGAAGCCAAGACCUACUUGGCACUGCAAGGGAAUCAGUUCAUUUGUAGAUCUAUUCAAUCGGUGCUUUUCAACCCUGGUCCUUGAGUGUACCCCCUAACUGUACAGCUUUUUGUACCAAAUAUUUAUUUUAAACAUGCAUUGCUUUCCAGUGCCCAGAAGACAGCACUGACAGACAGCCUCAGACUCCAAACUGUGUAGCUGCAGGGAUUCCUCUACAGUCUGUGUUCAUUACCAUUUGCAAUAAUUAAAAAAAAAAAAAAAUCAUUGCGUAAUAAUCGAACCAGAAAGGUUGAUAUUUAUAUAAAACUGAGACUGUGGCAAAACGCAGUCCAAACCUCUAAAGGAGGUUAGGCAUGUAUGAUAAACGUUUGGUGUAAAAUGUAGCGUGACACCAGGAUGAAACACAAACCUGGAGUGCUGAGUACUUGAAGACCAGUGUUGAAAACCACUGUAUUUAAUCUAUUUCUCCCCUCGGCCAGAGGUCCUUUGAGCUCUCUCAAUCAAAGGGAACUCUUAGCAGGGGCUGGAAUGGGGUCAAAAAGUUGUUUUUUUUUUUGUAUUUAGGAAGCUCAUUACCUCUAAGGGAAUCUCUCUGUACAGUACUGUAUGCCUUAAUUCACGUUUCAAGAAACCAUUUUGUAGUAACAAGAUCUAUUUGAACUCUCCAAUGAACGGAAUCCAUUGAGUUUUUAUAGUUAAUAUUUCAGUUAAAUCUGGCGAUGGGAUCUUGUAAUGCUUCAGUCAACCUCAACACAGGGGUGAGCUCUCGUUCACAAACAGAAUGAGCCAUUUGUGGAAUUGAAAAAUGUGCAUUUUUACACAGCGAAUUAUGAUGGAGCGAUGACCCACAAGAAGACACCAUCAGAGGCUCUGAACCCCAACCCAAGGGCUGUAUGAUGCUUCACAGGUGAUUGCAGAAAGCAGAUAUCCUUCUCAAGGUAUUAAGGAAACCUGUCAGCUGGACGCAUCUUAUACUUCAAGCUUUAGAAUAUAUUUCAAUGUAGGUCCUCACAUCAUUCAGCAACACCAUCUGCUGUGCGUGUAUAAAACAUGCCAUAUGUAGUACACCUUUGUGUGCCUAAUUCCUGAUGAAUUGCCCCUCUGUUGUGUAAUACAUCAAUUCUGACCCUCAAUGUUGCAAGUCAGUAUCAGUCCAACAGGACAGCACAAACUACAGGCUUGAUUGGUAGGUGCUACCGAGGCUGCAAAGAAAUGAUUUAUUUUACACAAUCUAGAGUAAAGACAUGGCUGUGGAUUCCCAUCUUCGCUGCAGGAAUUAAAUGAAUAAUCUUCACAGGGGAUCAGUACCCUCAUGGUGGACCUGCACUUGACAGACAGCCUUUCUAUUAUUUGUAAAACCCAUUAAAAUAUGAAAUGUUUGAGAAAAUGUAACAGAACUACAAGAGUCCCCAGGACCAAGUUCUGAGGGUAAAGGGAUAAUGUCAUUUGUAAAAUGGACAAGCUGAUGUUUCCUGUUGUGAGUGUUAGAAUGUAAAGUAAGUAACAUUUUAGUUAUUUAAAUAGUUCUAUUGACCUACAUCUUGGUUAUGAAAUAGUGUAUUUGUUAUUGUGUACCUUUUGACUGGAGUUUCAAAGGAAUAUUUAUAUGGUGUGUGUAAAAGCCGUGUUUUUUAUUUUUAUCAUUAUAAUGUUGGAUGUUGACGGAAUAUUUAAGUGUUAAGUUCCAGGCCAGCAAUUUCUUCCUUGAUCGUCAAAACAGUUUAAUCCAAAAUGGACACUUCACAAAUUCUGUUUCCUGUCUCUUGCCUGUCAGAGAGAUGAAUGUACGUGAGUCACAAUCAAACUGACUGCCACAGAUCAGACUGCUCUGCUUAAUAAUAUUACUUUAAUAAAAAUGAAUAUCCAAGAUAACUGUCCUUUACUAGUGGGAAAAUAUGUUCUAUGGAAGUCUCACCUGAACUUGUCCAUUACUACUCUUUAUUUGGUCAUGUGUAUCUAAUCCUGUGCAACCCUCUUAAACUAUUUUGCUCAUUAAGGUUGUUUUAUUUUACUUUGCAUCCAUUUUUUGGUUUGUUAUUUGGCAAGCAUUAUCUUCAACCAACUUCAGUCUUAAAAUUAAAAGAUAUAGUUAAAGGCGGCAGCACCCACAUUAAAAAAAGAUGGAUGCAAAAUAGGAAAAAUUACCUUAAAAUAGCAGAACUGCAAGAAUGGGUAGACAUAGGCUUCUAUAUACAUGAAAAAAAAGUGCGGCAAUAAAGAUGUUAUGCGUAGGUGAAGCAGCUUCUACAGUAAAUUGCACAGAAAUAUUAGAUAUACUUUACCUCCAAAAGGUAGUCAUGUCACAUGAUUUAUAAAAUCAGAAGUUUAAACAUCCACUCUAUAGCUUUAAAAUGUUACAAGUUUUGAAGUUUAAAAAUGAGAAGUGUCAGUAUCUUACGAUUUGGGAGGGAAGGUUACUGGGGGAUAACCAAGAUUAAGGUGUUGUUUCAGUUCAGUACUUGAUGUGUAAAUGCUUGAUUACUUUUUUUUCCCCCCCAUGUGUGAAGAUUGUUAUAAUUGUUUUUCUGUUCUCUUUAAUAAAAAGGUCACCCUGUCAAUCUGAAGCUA